AUGGCAUCCAAGCGGAAGGCGUCCGCGAUGAAUGCGACCGCGGCAGACGAGCCAGUGGAUCCAUCGGACGAGCUCAUGUUUCUCUGUCUCGGUGGUGGCAACGAAGUUGGACGGUCGUGUCAUAUUAUCCAAUACAAGGGCAAGACGGUUAUGCUUGAUGCUGGCCAACAUCCUGCCUACGAUGGCCUCGCCGCUCUUCCGUUUUACGACGACUUUGAUCUCAGCACCGUCGACGUGCUCCUCAUCAGCCAAACCCUCCACGAUGCCUCGAGUCUGUUGCUAACCCGUGGGGAUAGUUUCCACAUUGAUCAUGCGGCGUCUUUGCCAUAUGUCCUAGCCAAGACCAAUUUUCGCGGUCGCGUCUUUAUGACACACCCGACCAAGGCCAUUUACAAGUGGCUGAUCCAAGACAGCGUUCGAGUUGGAAACACGGCGUCAAAUUCGGCAACUCAGCUCUAUACGGAACAGGAUCACCUCAACACGUUUCCGCAGAUUGAAGCGAUUGACUACCACACUACGCACACCAUCUCGUCCAUCCGCAUCACACCUUAUCCUGCCGGCCAUGUGCUUGGAGCAGCCAUGUUCCUUAUCGAGAUUGCCGGUCUCAACAUCUUCUUCACUGGCGAUUACUCGCGCGAGCAGGAUCGCCAUCUUGUCUCAGCAGAGGUCCCCAAGGGCCUUAAGAUUGACGUUCUCAUCACUGAAUCAACAUACGGCAUUGCAUCCCACGUGCCGCGACUUGAGCGAGAGCAAGCCCUCAUGAAGUCCAUCACGGGAAUUCUCAAUAGAGGUGGUCGGGCGCUGCUGCCGGUGUUUGCCCUUGGACGAGCUCAAGAGCUUCUCCUUAUCCUGGACGAGUACUGGGGCAAGCAUCCAGAGUUCCAGAGGUUUCCUAUCUACUACGCGAGUAACCUUGCCCGAAAAUGUAUGGUUAUCUACCAGACAUAUGUCGGUGCCAUGAAUGAUAAUAUCAAGCGACUGUUUCGAGAGCGUAUGGCCGAAGCCGAAGCCAGUGGCGAUGCAGCGGGCAAAAACGGUCCUUGGGACUUCAAGUACAUCCGCUCUCUUAAGAAUCUUGAUCGUUUUGACGAUGUCGGGGGCUGCGUCAUGCUUGCCAGUCCAGGUAUGCUUCAGAACGGAGUGAGCAGAGAGCUCUUUGAACGCUGGGCGCCCAGCGAAAAGAACGGCGUCAUCAUCACUGGUUACAGUGUCGAAGGCACCAUGGCCCGGCAGAUCAUGCAGGAGCCCGAUCAGAUCCAGGCCGUCAUGUCUCGCAGCAUCGCAGGCGCUCGUCGAGGCCCGGGAGCGGAUUCGGAAAAAGUGCUUAUCCCCCGGCGAUGCAGCGUCCAGGAGUACUCCUUCGCUGCCCAUGUCGAUGGUGUCGAGAACAGAGAGUUUAUCGAGGAGGUUGCGGCGCCUGUUGUUAUUCUGGUCCACGGUGAGCAGCACAACAUGAUGCGUCUCAAAUCCAAACUGCUCUCCCUCAAUGCCAGCAAAACCACAAAGGUCAAAGUCUACUCGCCUCGCAACUGUGAAGAGCUGCGCAUCCCAUUCAAGGCCGACAAGACAGCUAAAGUCGUUGGCAAACUUGCCUCCAUUCCUCCUCCGAAGGACAUUGACGCCUCCGCACCCCUCGUCACCGGAGUGCUUGUACAGAACGACUUCAAGCUCUCCCUCAUGGCCCCCGAGGACUUGCGUGAGUACGCUGGCCUCAAUACCACGACUAUUACGUGCAAGCAGCGUCUGACUCUGAGCGCCGCCGGCGUGGAUCUCGUCCGCUGGGCUCUGGAGGGUACGUUUGGAGCCGUGGAAGAGCUUCCUGAAAUGCGACGCAUCAAAGACGGCAAGCUGGACGGCGACGACGAGAAGAUGGCUGAGGACGCUGACGAAGAGGUGGCCAACCUGGUAGCGGCCUACCUGGUCAUGGGCUGCGUCUCGGUGCGAUAUCGCACCAACGGCGAGGUCGAGCUGGAGUGGGAGGGCAACAUGCUCAACGACGGCAUCGCCGACUCCGUCAUGGCGGUGCUGUUUUCCGUCGAGAGCUCGCCGGCCGCGGUCAAGCGCUCUUCCAACGGCAAGCAUUCUCACUCUCACUCUCACGCCGAGUCUGAUGACAAGUUCUAUGCUGCUCAGCCAGACAGCAAGAACCCACACGCUCACGUCUCCCCCGCCGAUCGUCUCGAGCGUCUCAUGUGGUUCCUGGAAGCCCAGUUCGGCGCUGACAAUGUCGCUCCCGUCGAAGACCCCAAACUGCCACCCCUGCCAGCCUCGCCCAAGGAGGAGAAGAAAGAGGAAGACGACGACAACAACGACGAAGAGGCACUUAAAGAGGAAAAAGCCAAUGGGGAUGAAAGCGAGGCCAAGCCAGACGUCAAGUCCGAAGCCAUGGACGUCGAUGAGGACGCCGCCAAGCAGCAGCUGCAAGAGCGCCAGCACAAGGAAAUCACGCGCCUCCACAAGAUUGGCAUUCCUGUCCCGGGGAUAUCGAUCAAAGUGGACAAGAUGACGGCGACCAUCUGGCUGGAAGAUCUCGAGGUGGAAUGCAACAACAAGGUGUUUGCGGACAGAGUACGCGCCGUGGUUGAGCGAGCAGUGGAAGUCACCGCUCCGCUAUGGGGAUAA